UUAUCAUAUCAAUGUAUGGUGGUUAUUGGGACAGCCAGGAUCUUCAAUUGUGGAGGUGAAGCCACAAGUCCGGCCCUCGGAGCACUCCAGUGGCGGGGUUCCCUGCUCCAGCCUGCAGAGGGCGCUUUCCACCAGCCCCGAGCCUGGGUCGGGACCUCACCCCUACAGUGGCUGGAGGGAGAGUGGAAGCUAGAUCGUAGUGCGUUUAUCCCUCAGAAACAGAGACAGCCCAGCUUCUUAGCUUUCCGAUUGGCGCUCAUCCAGCUUCACGUUUCUUCCGUUAAAUCGGAUAACAUUGCCCGGGCUUGUAGCCUAGUCCGGGAGGCAGCCAAGCAAGGUGCCAAAGUGGUCUCCCUGCCGGAAUGCUUUAAUUCUCCAUACGGAACAAACUACUUCCCUGAAUAUGCAGAGAAGAUUCCCGGAGAGUCCACACAGAAGCUCUCUGAAGCAGCAAAGGAGAAUAGUGUUUAUCUCAUUGGAGGCUCCAUCCCUGAAGAGGAUGCUGGGAAGCUGUACAACACCUGUGCUGUGUUUGGGCCCGAUGGGAGUUUAUUGGUAAAGCACAGAAAGAUCCAUCUCUUUGACAUUGAUGUUCCUGGGAAAAUUACAUUUCAAGAAUCUAAAACAUUGAGUCCCGGUGACAGUCUCUCCACAUUUGACACUCCUUACUGCAAAGUAGGCCUGGGCAUCUGCUACGAUAUGCGCUUCGCAGAACUUGCACAAAUCUAUGCACAGAAAGGCUGCCAGCUCCUGGUGUAUCCUGGAGCUUUCAAUCUGACCACUGGACCUGCCCACUGGGAGUUGCUCCAGCGAGCCCGGGCUGUUGAUAACCAGGUGUAUGUGGCUACAGCCUCUCCUGCCCGGGAUGACAAAGCCUCAUAUGUGGUCUGGGGACACAGCACUGUUGUGGAUCCUUGGGGACAGGUCCUAACCAAAGCUGGCACUGAGGAAAUGAUCCUAUACUCAGACAUAGACCUGAAGAAGCUGGCUGAAAUUCGGCAGCAAAUUCCCGUUUUAAAACAGAAAAGAGCAGACCUUUAUGCAGUAGAGACAAAGAAGCCCUGAAGUUUGUUCCCGACAUAUCACAAGCAGGAUGGUACUCUGUUCUAAGCUCUUGUUGCACAGGGAAUAAAAGCUGCGAGACUGCAAACUUCCUUCAGCAGCCACGCCCACAACACCUAAACAUGAAACAGAUGUAAUGAAUGACAACAUCACAAAGGGAUCUGGAGUUCCACCAUUCAACACAGUUCAUGACAGUGUGUUCAGGGUUCAGUUGAAGGGGGUAAACUUCUUUUAAAAAGAGUCAGUCUGCUUUCCCCUUGGUUUUAUAAUGUCGGUGGUUUUAAUCCAUAUUUCUUUGCUACUUCUGUCUGGGCAUGGGCAGCAUCGCAAAGUGAAUACAGAUGAGCCAUCUCCAUUUCUGAUUUGGCCAGGUUGAUAGCUUUGUUGAACAUGUCAAUGGCUUUCUCCAUGUUUCCUCUAAAAAAAAAAUCAAAAUUUCAGAGUCUUUAACAAGCACUUUUCAAUGACCAAUAAAGUUUAACUGUGCUGCAUGAAGCCUUCAA